CCACGUGAUCCCUGACCUAGUAACAUGUUUCAUUUUCAUCCACAGGUGUCGACAAGGAUGACGAUUUAGACCAAACAGACUGACAUGGUGUCAUUCAGUACAGUGACCAUCGUUCGCGCCAUUUCUGUCCGUCUGCUCUUCACGUGCCACGGCCUCGUGUCAAUAUGGCGGCUGUACUACGUUACUCACGACACCAGGUUUUGGUACCUGGGGCUGGCCAUGGCUUUCCUUCUAAUGGAGACGUCUGUCACACUGGUCAAAAACCGUGGGAAGGAAUGGAAAUGGUUCUGUCCAAGUGUAUUUAUCUAUCUCGUUAGUACGGUGCCGUCCAUUUGGUUUCUCGAACUUCACGAGAUGGAAAAACGGAUAUCAACCACCAAUAACAGCCGAGGACAUCCGCAGAACGAUUCACUUGAGGACCUCAGCGCUGAACUCGGAAAUGUACUUGGUGUUCGAUUCGAGAUCCGGAUCCCGAUCUUAUUGUCGCCGGAUCAAUGGAUCCGAACUCUGGAACAAAUCCUCUUGCUCAUCCUGAUCCUAGGACGCUGGAUACUUCCGAAGGGAAAAUUGACACACGACCAACUGUCUCAGCUGUUGUUAGUUUAUAUCGGCACGGCUGCAGAUAUCGUUGAAUUCUUUGAAGCGUUUAAAGAAGAGGAGGUUCGUUACAACAAGAUGCUUUGCAUUAUCAUUCUUGGCCUGUGGUCUCUAAGUCUCAUCCAGUUCACGUUGGUAUUGACUGCAGCUAAGGCCCGGCGAGAUCAAUCUGGUCUCGUAACCGGAAACGAGAGCGGUCGACGCCAGCGCAACAACGGAUGUUGCGCAGCAGACGUUUAUGGGAUCCUCAUAUCCAUUUUGCUUCAGGAUCUUCCCUUUCUAGUUCUUCGACUUUUAUUGAUCUUCAAGUAUAAAGUUCUCAGUUACACUAAUAUGUUUUUCACCUCUAAAAACUCACUAGGUCAUAGUUCUUCUGUUAUAUCGGCUGAUAGUCGUUUAUAUCGAACGCAAAAGCCACAAACCGAAUGCGGUAGACAACCGAGAAUACCCACAGGACGAUUUCGGGACUUCUCGGGAGGUAUUACCGAGGAGCCACAGCGUCAGCCAUGAUAUACGUCAGAAUUGCGGGGGCCAGUUUCCAGAAGACAAACAAUAUCUGAUGAAAACAUUACCACGUAGUAACAACCAAAAUGAAAAUAAACCCAAAAUUUACAAACU